AGCCUACAAUGCAGGUAUGUGACUUUGGUUUGUCACGUUUAAAGCACAACACUUUCUUGUCAUCCAAAUCUACCGCUGGAACACCCGAGUGGAUGGCUCCUGAAGUUCUACGUAAUGAACCUUCAAAUGAAAAGUGUGAUGUUUAUAGCUUUGGUGUUAUUCUCUGGGAACUUGCAACAAUGAGAUUACCAUGGAGUGGGAUGAAUCCUAUGCAAGUUGUGGGUGCUGUUGGUUUCCAGAAUCGACGUCUUGAAAUCCCUAAAGAACUUGAUCCCCUCGUGGCAAGGAUAAUAUGGGAAUGCUGGCAGAUGGAUCCAAAUUUACGACCGUCGUUUGCAGAGUUAACAGUGGCAUUAAGGCCGUUGCAGCGUCUUGUCAUCCCUUCACAUGUGGACCAGCCGAACUCGCCUUUGACCCAGCAAAUAUCUGUAAAUUCUACACCUUGAUAUAUGUCUUCUUGCAAACCACACUGUAAAUAAUGGCACCAUGUAUUCUUUUUAGUGGAGGGGUCAUUUUCUGCAUCAUAUGCUUAGCAGAAAAUAGGCUAUAAAUAAUAUAUUUAAAAUUAUAUUUAUUUUUAAACAAUCACUCGCUUAUAUUUAUUACCAACAUCAGCAGCUAGCUGUAAAUUGAUCAUGCUUGUGGCAACGGUGCAACGGUAACUGCCUAACUGGAACAAAAAGCGAAAGGGAAAUUUUCUCAGGAUGAAGGGAGUAUGAGUUUUGCCCCUUUGGGAAUGAAAACAUCAUGUUGGU